AUGAAGGCAACUGUUUAUCCUUGUAAUGUACUACUCAUAAGGUUGUUGAAAAUCCGUCGACAGCCCACGACCGGUUUCGCCCUUUUUGGGGCUCAUCAGAUGUCACUGGAACCGGCGGUUACCGUCCUAAUGAAUGGACUCUCUAAUCCCUCUCCAAGCGUCCAGGCAACAUGCGCUGAUGUGCUCACACAUGCCCUAGUAACCCGUAGUUCUCCUCUUAAUGAGUUCGAGUCAAUCGUCUCGACACAACGUCCUCGACACGUCAAACCUCUGUUGGCGCCCUUGCGGACCCUCUCACAGCAUCGCUCUGUAGAAUGUCGGGAGGCUAGCUUUCAAGCAUUUGCUGCUGUCCGUUUGUUCCUGGAUUCCAAUCCCGGUCAGUUUACUUCACUCACAGAAGGCCACUUGGAUGGACAACGUUGUCUCAAAGUGGAGUUGGCCUACGAUCUGCUCAAGACCGAUAUGCAAAAGCGGAUUUCCACUGCCGAGCAAAAACCACAACAAAAUGCCACCGAUCGAACAGGGAAUAAGAAAAGAAGCAGGGACAGCUCGUCUUCGUCAGGCGAUGAGGUUGCUGUACAACCACCUGCAGCCGGAACUCGACGGAAGCAGAAACAGAAAGAUGCGUUAUUUCCCACGCCGAUGCGCACCGAAUCCAAACAGACCAAAACAGCGAGGCCAGCGAAACAGAAACAGAAGCAGCGGCAGGAAUCUAACCCACCAGGAACCGAGGAUUAUCAGACUUUAGAACAAGCCAGGGAUGGCUUAGCCAACUAUUUCGCCGGCAUGUCGCUGGAACAGCUGACGGACACGAAUUGGAAAUUACGCCUGGCCGCCACGGAGGUCGUCAAGACCAAAUUCGAUUCUGAUCCUCCUUCGGGCGAAACAGCGAUCCGACUUCUGUAUUUCUUCGUUCACAGCAACCGUUUAAACGACAUCAAUUUGCAGGUACGUAACGUAUCCUUGGAAAUAGUUUCCCAUGUGCUGAAACGUCUACAGAUGCUAGGCCAAGUCCUGUCCGACCGUUUGUUUCACCUGAUUUGUGACGCUACGAUUCCCAAUUUGAACAAAAGCCGUAAACUGGCCCAAGAAAUACUCGAUCUCCUGUUCAGAAUGACUUCUACAGAUGUCGUAUUGGCUCAAAUGCUACCGAUUCUAUUUGGAAUAACCGUACCGACUGUGCUUGCAACGUCUCUUGAAUGGAUGGCUUCCGUUGUCACUAGAGCACGGACACAGGCCAAACGAAGGCAUGCCCUGAUUGGUCAGAAUGCCAGCCAAUCCGAGUCAAGCACCUCUGACUUGAAGCUUCUCGCCCUCUCACGGAGGUUCUGGCACGACCUUUAUUUACACCUUGGAUGUCGGGAGCCAGGACAGCACUCUAACCGUUCAACCGUGAUAUUCUAUCGGUGCGUAGCUGCCCAGCAACACGAAGGAUACAUGAGGACGGAGAUACAGCCAAGUAGCCAAAACUUGGACAGGAACUGUCGAGAAGCCAAGGUUGGUUUCGAACCUCAAGUUUUCUUAUCAGUUGCUUCGCGCCUCAAUCGGUUCAGAAUAGACGAUAUCCUACCUUUGAUCAAGCAUGGACUGGCCUCAGCUAACCCUGGCGUUCGCAACGCGGCUGUUCAUCUGGCUGGUAAAUUCUACGUGUCUUUGGGUCCCGAUGGUGGCCGACUCCGCACGUUGUUCUCCGAUGAGAAGCCUGUUAUGUUAGCCCGACUGCAAACCGAGUUCACACGCUGUGAAGCCGAGGCUGAUAACGAUACCACCAGUUCCGAUACCUCGGAACGAAACCGAUGUUCACAGUCAGAGCCAAAAAAGUUGUCGAUCAAUACAACGUUUGCAGCCGUGGCAGGACCUGGUCCACAGACCAAUGUUCGAGAGUCCGUAUCAUCAUCUCCCACCAAUGAGGACGAUUCCAUAGGCGGAACACCCAUACGUGGCGUUAUCAAUCCUGUUGCUCGACAAGAACAACCAGUCAACACGCAAACUUUGUUUCUUGUGCGACCUGGCCAAAUGGACACGUUGUUGGAAAUGAAACAAACUCGACUGACCAACUUAACAAAGAUGACUUGCAUUGACCUCGGCAACUUGCACGCUUUGUUUGUGGCUGCGAACGCCAACUCCCAACUGGUUGGCUGUAUGUUCGCACCGGACGUAGAUUCUCGCCUGGAGGCGUUGGAUCGUUUGAUCACAAAUCUAGACCAUUCUUCGCAUGAGCCAUCCGAUCCUUCGGCUCUGCUAUUGACAUAUGUUUAUUUUGACUUGUUCUUAGCCUGGACGGUUGGUGGCUGCUUUGCGUUUGGAUCUAGUUCUGAACUUCAGCCGGGUUGCGGGACGCCGGCCGUGUCCGAUCUUGAAGCACUCAUCACUCGAGGUUUGCAUUACCUUACUGCUGCCAUCGUGCGGUUUGCUCAAGCCAACUUCAAACUGAGUAACCAAGAGGCUAGUCUGCUGCUGCACGCACUACUAUCCGAACAGUCUCCCAGUCUUCGGUGCACUCGCCUACAUCGAUCCAUCGAAUCACAGCUCAGCAAUGCCAUCUCUGAUCUAAUUCGACUGCUUCGCCAGGUCCAUCCAGCCAGCUUGUUAAUGGAUCAUAUUGCUGCACUUUUACAUAAGUGUAGCAGUGUUUCCGAACGACAAAACUGUUUGCAGGAACUCACGAGUCUCGUUCCCCGUUACGGAGACGUUCAAAAGUCAAUUGGAAACUUGGGUUUCACAUCCAAGCUGGUGGCACAGCAAAUUGCCAAUUCCAAUCCGGGCGUUCGUCGUGCUGCUCUGGACUUCUUGCUUCUGGUUCAUGGACUGCUUGGGAAUAACUUAUGGGAACAAAUUGGUCCACUACAACCAAACGACAAGAAACUUCUCGAGCAACACUUGAAAGUUCAAGUGGGCACGAUCGAAAUGAUUCCACCGUGUACAACUGAUGCACCGUUUGUAGGGAUGAAUACGGCAUUGCUGGAGUCUGAGGCGAUACCUCCGGACAGCGUCAAAAAAACCUGCUCUCGUCGGAUUCCAAGUCCACCUCCGGCGCAUGUGUCUCCCGCGGCCCUUGGAAUUCUCAUCCCGUUGUUGCGGGACCGUGAUGGAGUCGGCACCACCGAAAUGACCAAAUUGGCCGCUUCCAAGAAACUAGACUGUGCGCUUGGUUCUUUGAUCGGCCAACUGGAACUGACAGAUUAUCCGGACCCGCCGGAACAAUCCAAGGCGCACAGUGGUGACGAUCAGGACGACACUCGUGUGCUCAGCAGUGUCAUUUUGGGUGCCUUGGUCGAUCUGGAGACGAUAGUCGUGGAUCCCAGAACCUGCGAUCUCUUGAUCCCGUACAUGAACUCCAUCAUACGUCGUCUGGCCAUUCUUCUCCGAACUCUCGCGCGAACGACGUGCAUUUCAGCGAUGCAUGCUGUGUUUACAAACAGCCUAGCCGGGGCACUUGUUGUGUUAUUCAAGCAACCAUUUUUGACUCGUGAGGUCAACGUCGAUAGCCUCGUGUACCUAUUGGCUGGGCUAUUCCAAUUGGCUGAAAGUUCUCAGUUGGAGCACGAUAAACCUGGAUACUGCAAUCCACGCCGAGCGGUGCUUCUUCGCCUGGUCUACUUUAUCCUCAAAGUGGUUGACCCAACCACGGCGUGCAGCGCGCUACUCCGUCUACUUUCAAUGUGCUGUUUUCAAUCCGACUGCUGUCGGGUUGCGUCGUCCACAGCACCAUCUCGGCGCACGUCCACUCGUCGCUCAUCGACGGCCGGGCAAUCUGAUGUGGAACUGCUGAUAAAAGAUCUUUCCUCAUGGCCCCGGAUUUGGCGGCUCGUGGUAGCCCAACUUUGGCAAAGGAUCGACAGUCUUGACGAAGAUGCUACUCGGGUUGACUAUGAAACACUCGCCCCCCUGUUGAGUCGCAUAUUUACAUCCGUCAUGGAUUCUUCGUCCGAUAAGACUGAGAAGGCCAGAAGUCGUCGAAAGUCUCACCCACCACCCUCUGGCCUACCUCGUUACGUACAGCGCUGCGUUCUGCACUUACUGGUCACUCUUUAUGCGUAUGCUGGACCCAAGUUCCUUGAACUGGUAAAGAACUCCGAAGCAAAGAAUUCCGGUCGCCUAGUCUCAUUCCUGAUGGAACUUGGUGAACUCAUGCCAAAUGCUCCCUAUCCGCCUGGCCUAUCAGGAGUAGUUAGACGGAUGCUCCAAUUGCCUGAUAUUUCGCCCGAUUCGCAAAAACAUAACGUCCAGUAACAACAGCCUUUCUUACCCGAUCUACUUUGAUGUUCUAUUUUUGUCUCUGAUUUUAUAUCCAUUUCUUCUACAAAAAAUGUCUGCUUUCUCUUUGGACCUGUCCUGCGGCCGUAUUCGACACAAACCAGAGUGUGUAGUGGCCAGAUAAACAGAUUAAAAAUGCUGAUGUAUUCAACCGAGAUCAAGCUUCGUGUUCCUUUUUUGCUGACUAUUGUUCUCUCUCCCGAGAGAAUCUAUUCAAGAGAUC